AUGGCAGUAUCUGAACCCAUGUGGACGGAAGCCAGCUGUGUGGCUCACUGCCACUUGGAAGGAGGCCCUACCCAUUUGCCCCCGAGCUGGGGCCAAAAUCCCAGCCAGAAGACAUCAGAAGCAGAAGAGGUGGCUACACUAUUUGAUGAGUGUGAAAAAAUCCCCAAAAGGUACACAGUGAUUUACCGAAACAUGGCAGAUGAGAUGCUUCUGGCACACAUAAACCAGACCAAUCAAUCCAUUGCCUCUGAAUUCAUUUUUCGGGCAUUCUCUACCAUUCCUGAGAUACAACAUCUUCUCUUCACAUUCUUCCUUCUGCUGUAUAUCUCAAUUAUCUUUGGUAAUGUGUCCAUUAUUUGGGUAGUCUGCACUGACCAGUCCCUCCACACCCCCAUGUAUUUCUUCUUGGGCAACCUGUCUUUUCUAGAGAUCUGUUACACCACUGUGGUAGUGCCCCAAAUGCUGGCCAGUAUUUUAGAUGUACACACAACAAUCCCUUUUGCAAACUGUGGCAUCCAGAUGUUCUUGUUUGUAGCACUAGGCAGUACUGACUGUUUCUUGUUGGCUGUUAUGGCGUAUGACCGUUAUGUGGCUAUCUGUCAUCCACUUCGUUAUACUCUGAUCAUGACCUGGCAGGCGUGUGCAUGGCUAGUUUUUGGUUCUGUGGUGCUUGCCCUUGCACUGUCCCUGGAACUGACUGUGUUGAUCUUCACCUUGCCAUUUUGUGGUCACCAGCCUCAAAUCAACCACUUCCUGUGCGAUGUACCUCCUGUGUUAAGGCUGGCAUGUGCUGACACCCAUCUCCACCAGACUGUGCUAUUUAGUGUUGGAGUAAUAGUUCUGACUAUCCCCUUCCUUCUGAUAUGCAUAUCCUACGUCUAUAUUGUGGCUGCCAUCCUGCAGAUACGUUCUACGUCUGGUCGGCAUCAGGCCUUCUCCACCUGUUCCUCCCACUUGACAGUGGUUAUCCUGCAGUAUGGCUGCUGCAGUCUUGUUUAUUUGCGUCCCAGGUCAAGUUCUUCAGAGGAUGACGACCGAAAACUUGCUCUUAUAUACACUUUUGUUACUCCGCUGCUAAACCCCCUCAUCUACAGCCUAAGGAACAAGGAUGUCAAACAGGCUUUGAAGAAGGUUAUGAGUAAGACUGCUGAAUCUUAG